CACGGAUCUUCGCUGCUUGCAGCCAUGCGCGCAGCCAGGCUCGUGCCAGGAGUAUUGCAGCCUCGUGGAAUUCAGUACCCAUGCAGAAGAGAGGCAGAGCAUCGUUUGCAGAUGAUACUUACUUGGGGCUUUGGGAGAGCUGGCUACUCGGCUCAAGGCAGAGAGGCAGCGGCGAUACUGAAUGGCCGUCACCAACAGCAGCAACAGCAGCAGCUUACAGACCAGGAUGUGUCAGAAAACGGGAUGUUACCACGGCUUGGUGACCUGCUCUUCUACACAGUUGCUGAGGGGCAAGAAUGUAUAUCUGUCCAUAAAUUCAUCAGUGCCUUGCAAGCCACUGGCCUUUGGACCUCAGAUCCACGCCUCCGUGACUGUAUGAGUCUGAUGCAGAAGGCAGCACACGAAGCCAGCACAGGUGGAAAAUUGAACCGAGAACUUUUCCGGAGGUGUGUGAGCAGCAAUAUUGUUCUGCUGACUCAGGCCUUCCGGAAGAAAUUUGUCAUCCCGGACUUCCAGGAAUUCACAACUCACAUUGAACAAAUUUUUGAGCACACCAAAGGACUCCAGGAGGGCAAGGUGGCAAACUACAUCCCACAGCUGGCAAAGUGUAAUCCAGACAUCUGGGGCGUGUCCCUUUGCACAGUGGAUGGGCAACGACAUUCCAUGGGCCAGACCAAGACCCCCUUCUGCCUGCAGUCGUGUGUCAAGCCCCUGAAAUACGCUGUCGCUGUCAGUGAACUGGGCACUGAACGCGUUCAUCAAUAUGUGGGCAAAGAGCCCAGUGGGCUGCGUUAUGACAAGCUCUCUCUCAACGAGGAAGGGAUUCCCCACAACCCUAUGGUGAAUGCAGGGGCCAUUGUCAUCAGCUCCCUCAUCAGGAUGGGCUGCAAGAAAGCUGAGAAGUUUGACUAUGUUGUGGAUUAUUUGAAGAAGAUGGCAGGAAAUGAAUAUGUGGGAUUCAGCAAUACCACGUUUCAGUCAGAGAAAGAAACAGGAGAUCGGAAUUAUGCCAUUGGCUACUAUCUCAAGGACAAAAAGUGUUUUCCACGUGGUGUGGACAUGAUGGCAGCCCUUGACUUGUACUUCCAGCUGUGCUCUGUGGAAGUGACCUGCGAGUCCGGCAGUGUCAUGGCAGCCACACUGGCCAAUGGCGGCAUCUGCCCUAUCACUGGCGAGCGUGUGCUGAGUGAUGAAGCAGUUCGCAACACCCUCAGCCUCAUGCACUCGUGUGGCAUGUAUGACUUCUCAGGGCAGUUUGCCUUCCAUGUCGGUCUACCUGCCAAGUCUGCAGUUUCUGGGGCUAUCCUGCUGGUGGUGCCCAAUGUCAUGGGCGUGAUGUGUCUGUCACCCCCUCUGGAUAAAGGUGGUAAUAGCACACGUGGGAUUGGCUUUUGCCAGGAACUGGUCUCGCUGUUUAACUUCCACAACUAUGACAACUUGCUCCACUGUACUCGCAAAAUGGACCCCCGCCGUGAAGGAGAUGAAGUUAGAAACAAGACUGUUGUAAACCUGCUCUUUGCUGCCUACAGUGGUGAUGUCUCUGCCCUUCGAAGAUUUGCUCUGUCAGCCAUGGACAUGGAGCAGAAAGACUAUGACUCGCGCACAGCUCUACAUGUAGCCGCAGCUGAAGGACAUCUGGAGGUUGUGAAGUUUCUGGUGGAGGCCUGCAGAGUCAAUCCAUUCGUCAAAGACAGGUGGGGGAACAUUGCCUUGGAUGAUGCUAUUCAGUUCAAUCACCUGGAGGUGGUGAAGUUGCUCAAGGAUUACCAAGACACCUGCAAAAUGGGAGCCAGACAGGCUGAGGAAGCUGCUGAAGACCUCUCCAAGGAGAACUUAGAAAGCAUGGUGUGAGAAUGCUGAAAGUUUGCUAUAUUACCUGCAUUUUCCCCCACAGAUUUAACUAGCCACUUUCUCUUAAUUCUGAAAGCUGGCAGGCAUGAAAGACUUAUAUCAGUUUAAGACUUGAACAGAGAUUAGAGGGAGGUGGAUUACAUGCUUAGUUUUUUCAGGCCCUCCCUCAUAUUGAAUAAUUUGGUCAUAUUCUUCCAUCUCUCAUGCAAAACCCCUCCUUCCUCUCGUUGGUUCCAUAUGCAACUUCAUUUGGUAACACAACAGCUAGUGUACAUAAAAACCAAUGAGGGGCACCUUAAAUAUGUCAGCUACCAGUUCAGACUGUCUGCAAACCCAAGCAGAUCUUGCUGUGUAGGCCAAAGGCAUUCAAAGGCCAAAGAGAAGAAGAGAUUGUCAAAUCAGUUUUCUGGGCAAAAACGGACUGGGAUCUCUGACAUCUACUCAGAGGAGGGUCGUCUCUGU